ACCUCUAUGAAUACUUCCAGUGUCACUGAGUUUGUCUUCCUAGGUCUCUCCCGCUCCCACUCCAUCCAACUCCUUGUCUUUGUCCUGGUCUCAGUCUCCUACACAGCAAUCCUACUGGGCAAUCUCCUCAUUGUGGUGACUGUGCAUGCAGAUUCCCAUCUCCUCCAGACCCCCAUGUACUUCUUCCUGGCUAACUUAUCCAUCAUUGAUACUUCUGUGGGCUCUGUGGUUAUCCCCAAGAUGUUGGCAGGCCGAGCAAAUUAUGGCCAGACAAUCUCAUUCGGUGGUUGUAUGGCCCAGGUCUUCUUCCUUCACUUCUUUGGGGGUACCGAGAUGCUCCUCCUCACCGUUAUGGCCUACGAUCGCUAUGUGGCCAUCUGCCACCCACUGACAUACACAACCAGAAUGAAUCGCCCACGUUGCAGGAGGCUCCUGGCAUCCUGUUGGGUUGGAGGCCUCAUCCACACCGGAACACAGCUGGUCCUGGUUCUUCGACUGCCAUUCUGUGGACCAAAUAAACUGGACAAUUUCUUUUGUGAUGUCCCACAGGUGGUCAGAUUGGCUUGUGCUGAUACUUACAGCACUGAGAUACUCAUGGCAGCCAACAGUGGCCUGCUCUCCUUGGUUUGCUUCCUUAUCUUGCUAAUCUCCUAUGGUGUCAUCCUGGUCAGCCUUCAAGGCCACUUCAAGGAGAGUGGAGGGAAGGCUUUGUCCACCUGCAGCUCCCACUUGACCGUGGUCAGCCUCUUUUUUGUGCCCUGCCUCUUUGUGUACCUUGUACCCUUCUCCAGUUCUGGUGUGGACAAAAUGGCUUCCAUAUUCUACACCGUAGUCACCCCUGCACUCAACCCUAUGAUAUAUACUCUAAGGAAUAGGGAAAUGAAGGAGGCUAUGGUUCGGUUGAAGAAUCACUGCAUCUUCUUCCGUUCUUGUGUCCAUGGACAAAAAUGA